AUGGAUCAAAACCCAGUUUAUGAUUUUUCAGAAGCUGUCAUAAAAUAUGGUGUUGUCAAAGCAUGUGGUGCUAUACCAAUUAUCGGAAAUAUCGCAGCCGAUAUUGCUCAGGACAUUAUAAACAUAGCAGAACGCGCGCGGCAUAAUAAAACAGUGUGCAAAUAUAUUUCUGACCGUGUACAAGAAAGUUUAAACACUAUUACCAAGUUCCCACCACAUGGAGAUAUUGGAAAAUCGCGAAAAGUCUAUGAAGAUACGCUGAAUGAAAUAAGAGAAUAUGUAACUGAAAUUGAAAAACCAGGAAAGUUUAGUGAUAAAGCGAAAAAACGACUCAUGGAAAUAGUCAACGCAAAUCAUGCAGUUGCAGUGAAAAAAAAUUCUGGUAUAAACCUAAAAACGGAACUAGAGAGUAUUAAGAAACAAGCAAAAAUUAUCAGUUUGCUUAGCAACUGUGGUGAGAUUGAAAAACUUUUUGGUAUCUAUAUUAAGAAUGAAAAAGAUCUCUAUAUAGUUACUAAAUGGAUGCAAAAUGGAAACCUUCAAGAAUAUUUAGAUAAAAAUGAAUCAAUUCCAUGGAUGACUAAAUUCAAAAUUGCGGAACAAAUUGCCAAAGGCCUCACCUUUUGCAUUAAUGCUAAUGUCUAUCAUCGAGAUGUCAGAAGCAAAAAUGUAUUGCUCGAUGAAAACCUAGACGCAAAGCUUACCAAUUUUGAAAUGAGCAGAAGAAUUAGCGAUAAAUCAAAAGAAAUGCAGAUCGAAAGUAUAAGAUGGACUGCACCAGAAAAACUUGAAUAUCCAAAGCAACCAUACACUGAUAAAUGCGAAGUAUACAGUUUUGCUAUUCUUCUAUGGGAAAUUUCAACGCAUAAACUUCCAUUUAAUGAUAUAAAAUCUCCCAGUGCUGUAAGUGAAAAGGUUAGGAAAGGAGAACGGCCUAAUCCAUUUUCAGACGACACACCAGAUCAAUAUGAAGGAAUUGUCAAGCGAGCCUGGCAUCAAAAUCACAAAAAGCGUCCAAGCAUUGACAACCUACGAAAACAACUUUGUAGACUGAAAAUUAAAGUACCGGAUAUUAAUCAAGCAAUAUCGCUCCAUGAAGAAAAAAGAUAUGAAGAGGCUUUCUACCAAUUCCAAAAGUUGGCACAAGAAGACAACCCUUUGGCCUUAUAUUAUACAGGUCUUUAUCUUUACAAAGGAACUUAUG